AUGGAAGGCAAAGAAACUGAUCAGCACCGGUGAGUUUGCCUUUUAUAAAUUGUGCUUACGUCAUUCCCUCUUGCAGCUACAUGCGCAAAGUCGUCUUUGCGGCUUGCGCCGUCGCCACGGUUUCGGUCUUCUCGGCCAUCGUGGUCCUCCCAGUUCUGUACACGUCUGUGCAGAGCCUCCAGCAGGAGAUCACUCUCGAGACCACCUACUGCAAGGUAAACAAGGUUUUCUUUAUUAUUUAACUGAAAAUUAUAAGAAUUUAGAUGCGUUCUCGUGAUAUGCUCAAGAGCCUGUACCAAACCGGCGGACAGAACCGUGUGAAGAGAGGAUGGUUGUUUGGACAAUGGGUUCCAGACAGCGGAGCCGGAGGAGGUGCUGGAAACGGAGGAGAUUAUGGAGCACCAGCUACUGAGCAGCCGUACAAUGCCCCAGCCCCAUCCCCGUCGAACGGAGGAUACGAGCAGCCAUCUAACAACGGAUACGGACCAGUUGUCAACGCCGAGCCAGCUCCACAGUGCUGCACUUGCCAGCAAGGAAAGGCUGGACCACCAGGACCACCAGGAGAUGACGGACACGACGGAAAGGACGGAUCUGCAGGAUCUGAUGCCCACAAUGGAAAGGACGGAGGAGUUGCCCCAUCUGACGGACUCCAGAGCGAGCCAUGCAUAAUUUGCCCUCCAGGAGCUCAGGGACCAAUGGGACCAGCCGGAAAGAAGGGACCAGCAGGACCACGUGGAUCUCCAGGACUUGCCGGAAUCGACGGAAGACGCGGAGAGCCAGGAAUGGUCGGACCAACUGGACUUCAAGGAGAGCAAGGACCACAGGGACCACCAGGAAAGAGAGGAGAAGACGGACGUGUCAUCGACGUGAGUUUACAGAUUUUCUGUCUCAUUUGAUUUUUACGUAUUUAUUUCAGAUCAACGGACCACAAGGACCACCAGGAGCACCAGGAGCUCAGGGACGCAAGGGAGAGGCCGGUCCAAAGGGACGUCGUGGAAACACCAUUCCAGGACCACAAGGGCCAAACGGAGACGCUGGAAGAAAGGGACGUCCGGGACACAAGGGAGAUGCUGGACCACAGGGAGGACUCGGAUCCAAGGGACCGAAUGGAGACUGCUUCCACUGCCCAACCCCAAGAACCCCACCUGGUUAUUAA